AUGUCCAGUUCUGCUCGCCCACAACCGCCUAGGUCCAACCAUACUGGGAUCGAAGAACCUCUACACCACAUAGACACGCUCGGCAUUGUCGUUUGUGGAGAAAGCGGAUCUGGCAAAAGUUCAUUGGUCAAUUUGAUUGCUGGGACGAAUAUCGCGAAGACAUCUCCCGAUGCUGUGGGAUGUACGACUGGAACAAAUGUAUACGACUCGGACAAAUUGACAAGUCGCCAGGCUGGGACGUUGAAGGUAAAGCUUAUCGAUACAGCUGGUCUGGAUGAGGGCACUCAAGGUAUGGUUUCAGAUGAGGAAGCUCGAAAAGUUUUGAAGGAGCUUCUUCGAACUCUGACGAAGCAAGGCAACGUUCAUCUCAUCAUGUACCGUGUGCGGGGUGGGAAGAAUAUUCGGACACUCCGCCGGAACUACGAGUUAAUCCGUUCUCAAGUCAAGAGCAAAGUUCCAAUUGUCCUUGUCGUCACAUGUUUGGAAAUUUAUCGACCAGAGAUGGAAGACUGGUGGAAGGUCAAUGAAAAAACCAUCUUAGGCCUCGGGAUGAUCUUUUCUGGCCACGCUUGUAUCACUACGAUGGAAAGGGAAGAGCUUAUGUUUGUGGAGCGCCGCAACCAGUCAUACGAUGCUGUCUGGAACCUCAUCCGAGAGCAGUGUCGCCAAGGCACUAUUCAUGAGGUCCAAAUGACACAGCGUGACAGCGGGGGGUGGUACAGGCGGGUGUUAGCUACCAUUUGCUUGGCUUAG